UGAGAGGAAGAAGGCAAGGAAGUGGAGGGCGGAAAGGGGGAAAGGAUCUCGGAGGCGGAGAAGAAGGUGGGAAGGUGAAGGAGGUUGGCGGAAGCGCCAUUAAUGGAAGCCGAUAUCUAUCCUUCUCUCGGCCCCCUUCCAACGGGAGCAAAUGCCACCCCGCUUGGACCUUCUCCGUUGCUAAAUGCUCCUCUUUUCGACGGCUAGACCGGACGAUGCAAAUGCCAUUGUUAAAUAUAAUAUAUUAUAAUUAUAAUUAUUCUUAGUAGUACUAUUGUUACUAUUACUAUUAUUAUUAUUGUUGUUGAAAACAAAACCCAUCCUCCUCUCUUCCGCCAUCGUGCCUUCAGGGAGCCGUCCAAGGGAUUAGGGUUUCGUCCCUCCUUCCUCUUCAGAAACCCUAAUCCUAGCCCAAGCUGAGGAUUUCCGCGAUGGAGCCCGGCGGCGGCGGAGAACGGGGCGGGUUCCACCGCAACGAGGCCAUCUCCGCCGUCCAGGAAGAGGAGCAGUUCUACGGGGAGGACGAGGACUACGAGGACCUCUACAACGACGUCAACGUCGGUGAGGGCUUCCAACAUGCCGUCCACAGGAGCGACGAGCCCCGAGGGUAUCCGAGGGAGGACGGGAGCAGGAGCAACCCCGCACCCCCGCUCCCGCUGCUCCCGCCGUCGGUGGAUGCGCCGGAGAAGGUCCAGAUCCCUGGGAUCGCGGGCGACCCAAAGAUCGGGAGGCCGGUGGAUACAUCUGGUGGCUUUCAUGAGCAAGCAUUGCGGGGAGGUGGAGAAUUGGCGGCGGCGGCGCGGCCCCCGGCGCCGCCGCCCGGUGGAAGUAGGCCUGAGUUAGGGCGGUCUUCUGGUCGACCCGGCGAGCUCCAGGGGCAGUCGAGGAACUCUGGCUAUGGGAACGAGGGUUAUCAAAGGCAAGGGGGUGGCUUUGGAGGUGAGACGAGGCAGGGAGGAGGCGGGCCAGCGGGAGGAGGGAGCGUUAAUGGUGGAGGAGAAGGAGCUGGAGGGACGACUCUAUUUGUGGGGGAGCUUCACUGGUGGACGACGGACGCUGAUCUCGAGGCAGAGGGCAGCAAGUACGGGCAGCUGAAGGAGGUGAAGUUUUUCGAUGAGAAGGCGAGCGGGAAGUCGAAGGGGUUCUGCCAGGUCGAUUUCUAUGAUCCAGUGGCCGCUGCAGCGUGCAAGGAGGGAAUGAACGGGCACGUCUUCAAUGGCCGGCCCUGUGUCGUGGCAUUUGCAUCGCCGCACACCGUUCGUCGGAUGGGAGAAGCUCAACUCAAGAAUCAGCCUAUGGCAGCCCAAUCGUCAGCACCGCCUCAGAAGGGGAGAGGAGGGGGAGGGGCCCCGAUGGGUGGGAAUUAUGGGAGGGGUGGUGGUGGUGGUAAUUGGGGGAGGGGUGGCAUGGGAAAUCGAGGGCCAAUGGGGAAUAUGAGGAACAGGAUGGGGCCUGUGGGUGGAAGAGGAAUCAUGGGAAACGGCGGGAUGGUUGCUCCACCUCCACCGAUGCUCCAUCCUGGUGCUAUGCUUGGUCAAGGUUUUGAUCCAACUGGUUACGGAGCAGUGGCUAUGGGGAGAAUGGGUGGUGCGUAUGGAGGCUUUCCUGCAGGGCCGACCACAGCUCCAUUCCCGGGAUUGAUGCCUUCAUUUCCUCCAGUUGUGGCUCCUCAUGUGAACCCGGCCUUCUUCGGGAGGGGAGGGGUGGCCGCUGGUGGUGUUGGGAUGUGGCUGGAUCCCAGUAUGGGUGGAUGGGGAGGUGAAGAGCAGUCAAGUUAUGGGGAUGAUGCUGCUUCAGACCAGUGGUAUGGAGAAGGAAGCCAUGGGAAGGAUCGGGGUCCUGACCGGGAUUGGUCGGGGGUUUCAGAUAGAAAGCAUGACAGGGAGAAGGACGUGGGUCCUGGGCCAGAAUGGUCGGAGAGGAGACAUCAUGAUGGAAGAGAAAUGGGUAGGGAGAGGGAGAGGGAGAGGGAGAGGGAGAGGGGGAGGGACAGAGACAGAGAGGGGGCAACGGAGAGGGAAAGAGAUAGGUGUCGGGACGACAGAAUCCAUCAUGGAGAUCACUACAGGCACAGGGACCGUGAAUUGGAGCGUGAUGAUGACUCGGAUAGAGGACGAUCAUUGAUGCAAAGAAGCAAGUCACGGGAGGUUGAGCAUUCAAAGAGGCGGCAUUUAUCACCGGAGUGAGAUGGGGUGUUAGCAAAUUCCUUGGCUAGGAAGGAGAUCAAUGAUUUGUGGGCAACUAGAAGAGCAGUUGGAAAAGGUUUGGCUAUAGUAGCAGGUCCCUCUUUCUUGAGUGGAUGCAGAACUUCUUCCGAGCUUACAAAUUGAAUGAGUGAUGUGAAUGAAGCAGGUAUUCUGCUCCAAAAAACCAAUUUAGUAACUGUCAUUUUGGUUUGAAACCUUUGGGAUGUUUUGAAGUGUUGUAGGAGAUUUCACUGCAUGAAAUGUAAGAUUUUAGUUAAAAGACAGGAAAAUGGUCUUGCUGAUUUACACCUGUUAGUGCAAUAUCUGACCACGCACUUUCAGAAAGUGAUGGUGAGAUAGAUCUUUAAUCAGUGCUGGUGGAACAAGAUCUCUUGAGGUUUCAGAUUUUGUUUGCUUUUCUUUUUUAAUGAAUGAUGAUGAUGAAGGAAUUUGCUGAAA